AUGUCAGAAGCUGAAAGGGUCUCAAAAUCGUCUUGUUCCGAAAUUUCCCCUCGCGGCAUACCCGAACUGUACGAGGAAAAAGCUCGGAAGUUGAGAGUGUUCACAUUUUCCGAGCUAAAACGGGCGACUAAUAAUUUUAGCAGGUUGCUUAAGAUUGGUGAGGGUGGUUUUGGGUGUGUUUACAAGGGGAUUGUUAAGCCUGUUGAUGAUGAAAAAGGCAUAGUCGAGCACCCAAAUCUCGUCAAGCUAAUCGGGUAUUGUGCCGUGGAUGCAGAAAGGGGUAUACAGAGGCUGCUUGUAUACGAGUAUAUGCCAAACAAAAGCUUGGAGGAUCAUCUUUUUAACAAGGAAUACCCAGUUUUAUCGUGGGAUUGUCGAUUGCAGAUAGCGUUCGGGGCAGCUCGGGGCCUAGCUUAUCUCCAUGAAGAAUUACCAGUCCAGGUCAUAUACCGAGAUUUCAAGUCGUCCAAUGUGCUUUUGGACGACGACUUCAAGCCGAAGCUCUCGGACUUUGGACUCGCUCGUGAGGGCCCCACGGCCGGCCACACCCACGUCUCGACCGCGGUGGUCGGGACUUACGGCUACGCGGCCCCCGACUACAUAGAAACGGGACACCUCACCUCCAAGAGCGACGUGUGGAGCUUCGGUGUGUUCCUUUACGAGAUCCUAACCGGGAGGCGCUCGCUCGAGCGGGCCCGACCGAGGCCCGAGCAAAAGCUACUCGAUUGGGUGAGGAACUACCCAACCAAUAGCCGGAGGUUCAGUUCUAUCAUGGACCCGCGGCUCGAGGGCCGGUACUCGUUUAGCGGGGCCCGCGCAAUCGCCAGGUUGGCGGACAACUGUCUGGCGAGGAGAGCCCGAGACCGGCCCAAGAUGAGCCAAGUGGUCGAGACACUCAAGGACAUAAUGGUCCUCUCGUCGGGGGUCGAGAGCCAGACGAGUGAGUACACGGACAACGAACGUGAAAAGACGGAUAUGCCCUCAGAGCACGUGGGGCCCACCGAGUCGGCCAGGAGGCGGAUGGCCCACCUGGCUGAGAUAACCGAGCGCGCGGGCCAGGUCGGGCGGAAGAGGUUUGUUGUGAUGCAAAAUGGCCAAAGGUGA